UCUAAUCUACAUGGGAAGUAGAAAAAAGGCAAGAUCUGCUUAGUAAAUUGGGAGCAUGGGAACCAUGGAAAUGAACUGAACUAUUAUAGUAUAUUCUGAGAUGGUUAUGCUUUAUUUCUUUAAAUAAGCAAUUUUUAAAAAAAGAAAAAAAAACCUGUCUUGAAAAAAAAAAAAAGAUUGCUUUGUUUGGGCCAUGGCAAAAUAUCUGAAGUCACUGACCCAGAUAGUUGCAUAGGCCGCUGUUGCCUCUCCACGCUCCUGCAGCCAGGCCAGACUGUUGGGAAUUCAGACCUAUUUCAGACCACAUAUGCUGUUUCUGAUCUGGUUUAAGUACAGAAACAGGGUCUGGAUAAAAGAGAUUACUGGAGGCUGGGCGAGUGUGGUGACAGGAGCCUAUAAUCCCAGCAGUCUGAGCAGAAACCAGAAGGGUGAGAAGGCAAGGACCGUGGGCCGGGCAUCAGUUUGGUGCCCGCACCCGUCAGGUAGCUCACAACUGUCUCUGCCUCCAGCGCUGCGAGAGCCAAAGAUUCUGGCCUCCAGCGGUACCCAAACUCACAUGUACGUACAUCAGUGAGAAUUAAAAUAAUGGUGCUAACAAGAAACUGAAUCCAAAGAUGUAUAGAGUUCUGGAGUCGCUGGUACUUUCUAAAAUCUGUCCCUUAUUUACAAUAACGAGAUUCUGGAAAAAUCUGUUGUAACCAAACUCAGAGCCAGGUGUCAUGAAGUACGUCCUGGGGGGACUGAGACUGGAGGGUGGUGAGUCUGAAGCCAACCUGAGCUAAGCGUCAAGAGAUCCUGCAAAACAGAUUAAAAUAAAACAGCUAGAUGCCUAAAUGACCUCACGGGCUCUCUGAUUCUCCCCCAGCUGACUAUUUGUGAAUAAUGGGAUUUUUUUUUCAAAGAAUCCUUGUGAGAGGAGACAGAGGGUGACAUGGGUGUCUCCCUCAAUUGAUCUGCACCCUACUUUUUGACCUAGAGCUCCCUGUGAGCUGAACUGGAGAGCCAUCUAGCCGCAGGGAUGCUCUGGUCCCUAUCUACCCUACACGGAGACUGCAGGCCCUGGCGAUAAAAUGCUUCUCCCCAGAUAGUACCUAUUUUAUUAACAUAAACUGUUUCACCAGCAGCUAGGAGGAUUCAAGGAAAAAAAUGCCUGCCUGUGCAUGUCUUCAUAGCUUUCAUUCGAGACACUAGAUACCUCGUUUUCUGUCAGCGUUCGGGGAACGCAAGGGGAAGCCUAGAAAAAGAUGAGCAUGCACUUUGUUAUAGAAAAAAAGGAACCCGACGCUGCACGGCCAUCUCAUUACAAAGACAAUCAAAAUAAACACUGCCUUGGCACUUAAAGAGGCCUAGAUGGAAUUAAAGAAUAUUGCUUCUUGUACUUUUUUAAUUCCGUUACCACAAGCCUUAAAAUAUUUAUACUGAAACUGAGCUGCUAAAUGCAUUACCCCAAGAAAGGGCCUUUCCACUGUAUUCUCUACAUAUUUUCCAGAGUUCUUAUUAGCAUACUUUGACCUUUAAAAUAGGUGGGAAAGGACAAACAUAAAGCAAGGAUUGGCCACACACCAAGGGAAGCGAAUUUCCCCUUCACCCACAGCCUUCUACAUCUAGCCGAGGGUAUGAGCAGAAACAGGCAGGCUUUAUCACGGCAACACGCAACUUGGGGUUAGAGUCUUCGGAGCUUCAGGAACUGUUUCGUGAUUCCUUAGCCCUCAGAGAAAGUCGUAGACUGUGCUCUGGACUUCAGCUUCUGCUUCUCUUUGAUGAACCUCUUUGAUGAGGUUGUUACAGGAAGGGCCCCCAAGGUCCCAAACAUCAAACUAGCACUAGGUGACAACUUGCCAGUUCAACAUGGCACAGAAGACACAAAAAGCUCAGAACCAAGGAGCAAACUGUCCAAGGGCAUUAGUGAGUGGUGCUUAAAAGCCGGGUGUGGCUCCUUUCCUUUCUGCUGGGAACCAGCUGCUCACUGUUGAAAUGGGCAAGUUCAUGAAACCCAGGAAAGUGGUGCUCGUCCUGGCUGGAUGCUACUCCAGACACAAAGCCGUCAUCAUGAAGAACAUUGAUGAUGGCACCUCAGACCGCCCUUACAGCCAUGCCCUGGUGGCUGGAAUUGACCGCUAUCCCCAAAAAGUGAUGGCUGCCAUGGGCAAGAAGAAAAUCGCCAAGAGAUCCAAGAUCAAGUCCUUUGUGAAGGUUUAUAACUACAACCACCUGAUGCCCACAAGGUACUCUGUGGACAUCCCCCUCGACAAAACUGUUGUCAACAAGGAUGUCUUUAGGGACCCAGCCCAGAAACACAAGGCAAGGCGGGAAGCCAAGGUCAAAUUUGAGGAACGAUACAAGACAGGGAAGAACAAAUGGUUUUUCCAGAAGCUUCGCUUUUAGGUAUAUUUUUGUUUACAUCAUUAAAAGCUUUAAAAAAAGAAAGCCAGGUGUGGUGGUGCACACCGUUAAUCCCAGCACUUGAGAGACAGGCAGACAGAUUCCCCGGUCUAUAUUCUGACUUCCAGGCCAGCCAAAGCUACAUAGUGAGACCCUGUCUCGGAACAAAAGACCACACUGCUAAAAUGAAACAACUCUGUUUCCUAAGUACUAGAAAAGGAAGGGUCCGAGUAGAUCGCUGGCUUCAUCCAAUUACAGUCUGGUGGGCACCUUGUGCGGUCUAGGAUGUGGUGUUUCCAACUUGAUGUUUCUCUGCAGAAAACCAAGCCUCUCCUUCUGUU